AUGGAGAAUGUGGACCCUAGUGCAAGCACUGGCAAUGACCUUAACAGCAAGUUUACGGAUCCGUUGAAAUCGGGUGUCAACAUUGCGCUAAACAAGCAAACAUACGUUACAUAUUUGGAUAAGAUAUGUCUGGUAAAUGGCGUCGCAGCAGGCGUGCUACAAUUGGAGUCACUUCGUGGGUUUUUGCAGUUUUUUGUUGUAUACUUUGCGUGUGCUCUGAUCUACGUUCUUAUAAUUUGCAAGAGGCAACCCAGCAGGUUUUACGAGGGUGUAGUGAACGAUUUAAUAUUUGCCAAUGUGACUAGGGAAUUAAUGGGGUUUGUAAUGGCGUGGACGUUCAGUUAUGCUCUAAUAAAUUGA